CGACUUUACUGAGUCCAAGACCCAAGACGGCGCCGAAUGGACCGUUCAGCUGCCCGACGAUACAACCACAACCAUGAGACCGCUCCUCGAGCUCAUGCACAGCAACUUCGACUCCUUCAAGCCCGCCAGAAACCAGAACCGGUCCCACUUGGUCAGGAGUGUGCACUCUCUCAUCGUUGCCGCGGACAAGUACGACUGUGUCAGGUUACUGAAGCCAUUCGCCGCUCAAUGGGGGGAGUUCCUGACAGUGCAGAGCAACGACGAAAGGGAGCUAUAUCGCCUGACAUGGAUCUCCUACCAGCUGGGCUGUGCAGACAGCUACAUCAAGGCGGCCACGAGGCUUGUUGCUGAUGUUCCGGCCUCGGCCUCUAGCUCCGACUGGUAUCGCCCAUUGCCGCCAAAUCUAUCAGAGAACGUGUCGCGGAUCCGACGUAGCAUGAUAGCCCUUCUGAUCGCGCCCGUCCAGGGGAGGGUAGACUCGCUGGUACAGGGUGGCACCGUCUGCAAGUUUAGGACGUCCGAGCCGGAUGACUGCGAGGCUCGAAUGCUGGGCCACCUUAUCCGCGGCCUGAAGAAGCACGACCUCUGGCCUUCCGGACACUGCCAAUGUACGGUUCUCCCCCAGCGCACUCGCCAAAGUAGCCGAGGAAUGGAACGGCGCGGGCCUAUUUGGGUCGCCAGCCCAUGUCCAGUGCCGUGCCAUCCCCCUUCGCACGGCCGGCACGGAAGCCUACAGUCCCAGCUAUGCCUACACUCCGAGCAAGGAGGAGCUAGGCUACAUUAGCUGCCAAGCCGUGCUGAUGGGCACGACCUCAUUCCAAACGCUGUUCCCCUGUUAGGGACUCUAUUGUUCUACCAUGCCAAAAC